AUGGCUGUUCUAAACCCAAUCUAUGGCAUAGUCGUACCAUUCCUAUUCGUUUUCACCAUUCCAUUUGCAUUCUUGGCCACCUUUACCACCUUCAUCGCAUUCUCCAUCCUCUUCCUCCGAGUCCUCAUCGUUUACGUCGAGCUCGCUCUUGCAGUUAUACCACACUGGAUCCUUGGACAGCGAACAUCAUAUUCUCCACCCAGCCCGUCAAUUUCGCGGACAAAAUCAUUUAGUAACUCGGCGAAUGGGCGACGAAGGAAACGUCGAGGAAGCACGAGUAGCAAUCUAUCUGCUACCGGUACCAUAACACCCAUAUCAGGAGAGAAUGGUAUGGGAUUAAGUCAAAGCAUUGGUCCCACUCGAGAUUACGAAGGCGUGGGAGGAUGGAGGCUUGAUAAUCCUUCGGAUGAUGAUGGGUUAUGGACGAAGAUUAAUUCGAGGUUGGAGUUGCCUGCAGACCAUGUCAGAAGACAUCAUCGAUCUUUGACCUCGGGUAGCCUGCCAGGUAGCUCGAGGAUCAAUAGGAGUUAUAGUCCAGAGGCUUUGAUGAAUACAUCGAGAGCUCGGACCCCAAGUUCGACUGUUGGAGUCGAAGGUUAUUUCCCGCAGGUCUCAAGUACACCCAAGGCGUCAAAGAGGACGCCUUCGGCGAGUACUGGAAUUUCUGGGAGUUCGACUAGUUCGAAAGGAUCAUCUGUUUUGAGUAUGAAGCAGAGAUGA